GGUGGAAAGACUUACACAGGACCAUGUGGAGGCAGAGACUGCAGUGGAGGAUGUCAGUGUUUCCCUGAAAAAGGAAGCCGUGGCCAGCCAGGACUUCUUGGAUCACAGGGAUUCACUGGACCACCAGGAUUGAUGGGUAUCCCAGGACUGCAAGGUCCCAAAGGUCACAAAGGUGAAAGAGGAUAUCCAGGAAUAAGUGGACCCAAAGGAGAAGUGGGGCAAAGAGGAGUCACUGGAUUCCCCGGGGCAGAAGGUCAUCCAGGGCAGCCAGGAUCAAGGGGGAAACCGGGUCAUGAUGGCUGUAAUGGGACAGUAGGUGACCCUGGUGACUCAGGAAUUCCCGGACUCUCUGGUUUCCCUGGUACCAUUGGAGUCCAAGGGCCAAAGGGCCAGAAGGGGGAGCCUUAUAUACUGCCACCGGACAUCGCAAGCCGGUACAGGGGGGAACCUGGAGAUCCAGGGUUCAAUGGUUUUCAAGGACCUCCGGGUACACUGGGUAUUCAAGGACCUGUUGGUCCAAGAGGAGAGCGAGGAAGACCAGGACCACCAGGGCCCCCAGGGCCACCAGGACCACAAGGCAACAGGGGUCUUGGCUUCUAUGGCGAAAAAGGUGAACAGGGCCCUCCAGGUCCUCCAGGUCCACCUGGGCUUCCUACAAGAGAACUGCUGGGUGUCCCCUCUGACAAACACAAGGGUGAAAGAGGAGAACCUGGACAAAAAGGAGAACCUGGGAUUCCGGGUGUACUUCUCUACGCUCCUGAAAAAGGUGAAGAAGGGGUGAUGGGCUUCCCAGGACAAAGGGGACUGCCUGGCAUCAAUGGUUUUCCAGGACUCAGUGGAGAAAGAGGUUUUCCAGGAUUUGAUGGUCCGCCAGGUGGCUAUGGUCCUAGGGGAAGCAAGGGGGAACCAGGUGACAUCGGUCCUCCAGGACCAGUUUCCUAUUUUCCUUCCCGCAUCCCAAGGAAAGGUGCAAGAGGUGAUCCAGGCUUUCCAGGUGCUUCUGGACUACAGGGAGACCCAGGAGAGGAGGGAGAUCGUGGGCUGCCUGGUCUUCCUGGAUUCUCUGAUGCGGAUGGGGAUAAGCCAGGCUUACCUGGAGAAAUGGGACCAAAAGGUGAAAAAGGUGAAUUAGGAUCUCCCGCUUAUCAGGCAGGCCCGCCUGGGUUUCCGGGUAAACACGGCACACCAGGACUCCGUGGUCCACCUGGUCCUGUUGGAGCCCCUGGUGCUCUCUUUGGAUUAAAAGGACAGGAGGGGACACCAGGUAGAUUUGGCGUGCAAGGUUUCCCUGGUCCAAGAGGACAAAAAGGACCUAAAGGUGAAGAAGGGGAUUGCAGUAAAUGCCUUGCGGAUGAUGAAACCAGAAGGGGCUCUACUGGCCCCCCUGGCCCUCCUGGCUUUCCAGGAACCCCUGGCCAGCCUGGAAGGAAAGGAGAACCUGGUGAUCAAGGACCACAUGGUCUUCCUGGCUACCCUGGAGCAAAAGGAUUUUCAGGUCCAGAUGGAUUUCCUGGACCGAAAGGAGAAAAGGGAGAUUCUUUAUACAUAACUACUAAAGGCACCAAAGGAAUCCGAGGAGAUCCCGGGCUGCCUGGUAUCAGAGGUGGAGAUGGUUUCCCAGGCAGAGAUGGAUUAGACGGUUUACCAGGACAGCCUGGUCUUCCGGGUGAUAGUAUCAGAGGUUUUCCCGGUGAUCCUGGUUAUCCAGGCGAGUUAGGCCCAAAGGGCUUUCCAGGAGAAGCAGGCCCGCCAGGUGAAGGAUUUCCUGGUCCAAAAGGGUACCAGGGUCCUCCAGGUGACCAUGGACAAGAUGGAAGCCCGGGACCUCCGGGUCUGCCUGGUCUGCCAGGAGAACCUGGCCAACUAGACUGUGGGCAGGUCAUUGAAGACUUUUCUAGAGGAGAUGGAACUGAGCCAAUAUGGUCAGGCGCGGGCUGUGUGAGGCCACCAAAGGGAUCCCAAGGCAAACCAGGCCUGCCAGGAGCCACAGGUGCAAAAGGUGAAAGAGGAUUCCCAGGUGAUCCAGGUCCAGUGGGAUACCCAGGGCUAAAUGGUACACGAGGUGAUCCAGGUCGGGAAGGAUUCCCAGGUCCUCCAGGUUUUACUGGGCCUAGGGGAGACAGAGGCCCGAAUGGUCUACCUGGACUGCAAGGACACCCAGGCCUUACAGGAAAAUCCGGUGCUCCAGGGGUGCCAGGACUGAAGGGCUUUCCUGGAGAUGUUUUAAGAGCAGCAGCAGGUUCCCGAGGGGAUGUUGGGCUCCCCGGAUUCCCAGGGUUGAAAGGCAUGCCAGGAGACCAAGGAGUACCAGGAAUUAGAGGAGCGGAUGGUAACCCAGGUUUGCCAGGAGCCAAAGGAGAUCCAGGUCCACCAGGUCUCCCUGGUUUGAUGGGAUUGCCAGGAACACCAGGAACACGGGGAUUCCCAGGGCCACCGGGAAACCCUGGGCCAGAUGGCGGGCCUGGCUCUCAAGGACCCAUUGGUCCACCUGGUGCUAGGGGAGAAGAUGGUGAGCAAGGUUUUCCAGGCCCUGUUGGCAUGAAAGGUCUGUCUGGUGACAAAGGUGAAGCAGGUUACCCAGGAUUACAAGGUAUACCUGGCGUGAUGGGUCCCCCUGGCAUCAGUGGAAUGGAUGGCUUUCCAGGAGAUAAAGGCGCAAGAGGUUCACCUGGCAUUGAUGGUUUCAAAGGCAUGACAGGCCUAAAAGGAAGACCAGGCAUCAAGGGAAUCAAAGGAGAAUUUGGCCCGUUGGGGGCUCGGGGCGAUAAAGGCGCACAGGGCGCACGCGGCUUUAAAGGUGAUCGUGGGGAUCAAGGCCCCCCAGGAGAACCCCCAAAGAUCAAGCCCAGCAUGAUGAUGGACGUUAAGGGUGAAAAAGGAGAUGUUGGAGAAACGGGCACAAAGGGAUUCUUUGGCUUAAAAGGUAGCAAGGGAAUGCCAGGCUUCCCUGGAAAGACAGGAACUCCAGGGUCCCCUGGGCAUCCCAGCUACGUGGCUGGUGUGAAAGGGGACAUUGGCGCAAAAGGACUGGCAGGUGUGAAAGGGUAUCCUGGUCCAGCUGGCUCUCCUGGCAUCAGAGGCUUCCCUGGCAGCACAGGAGUCAGGGGAGAAAAGGGUAUUCCAGGAAUUGCAGGCCAUUUUGGUACUCCUGGCUCACAUGGUGAAAUAGGUGAGCGGGGAGAUACUAUAAACCUACAGCCAGGCCUUAAAGGGGAAGUUGGUGUGCCAGGCUUAACAGGCACAAGGGGAGCUGCAGGACAAAAAGGCGAAGGCGGUGAUCCAGGCUUCCCUGGCAUUGAAGGCCUCAAGGGCGCACAGGGUGCCCCUGGCUCUGUGGGACAGGAAGGUUUUCCAGGACUGGUCGGCCCCCCAGGGCAGCAAGGAAGCCCCGGGACGCCUGGAUUUCAAGGUGAAAAGGGAACUCCGGGCUGGCCUGGCUUACCAGGACAAGCAGGCCUGCCUGGCUUAAGAGGAAUCAGUGGACUGCAUGGUUUACCAGGCACUAAGGGCUUACCAGGAUCACCAGGUCCGGAUGGCUACGGCUCUGCAGGUUUCCCGGGUCCAGUGGGUGACAAAGGGGAAGCAGGAGAGCCGAGCAGAGUGGAAGGCAGCCAAGGACCUCCUGGUCAGAAGGGAGAGAGAGGUGUUCCAGGAGUCCAAGGACCCUUUGGAAAGGAAGGAUUUCCAGGGCCUCCUGGGAUUUCAAAUAUAUCAGGAUAUCCUGGUGAUAAAGGCUCCCCAGGUCUAGACGGAGUGCCAGGCUAUCCAGGACUACAGGGGCAGCCUGGAAUACCAGCUCCACCAGGAAGCAAAGGAGAAAGUGGACAACCAGGUGUGAGUGGACAAAUUGGCCCAAAAGGAAGUAGAGGUGAUCCUGGAUCACCAGGGAGACCUGGUGUUCCCGGGUACCCUGGACCAAAAGGUCGUAAGGGUGAACAAGGUGUCAUCGGCUUUAUGGGCCAAGUAGGAUUUCCAGGUGAUUUGGGACCCAUUGGACCCAAGGGAGAUAGAGGAGUAACUGGCUUUCAAGGCCCUCCAGGCUCUCCUGGGCUGCCUCCUCUUCCUCCAAGGCUGGUUGCUGAGCAAGGUUCACCAGGUCCCCGUGGAAAUAUAGGACCUCAAGGAAGCCCAGGAGAUAUGGGACCUCAGGGUCCACCAGGCGAUCCAGGUUUGAGAGGCUCACCUGGAGAGCCAGGACUCCAGGGCAGAGGUGGCAUUCCAGCUCCUCCUGGCUCCAGAGGUGAACAAGGAGCAACAGGGUUUCAGGGUCCAGUGGGAUUUGAAGGUCAGCCAGGCCGUCCCGGUAGCCCUGGGCUGCCAGGCAUGCCGGGUCGCAGCGUUAGCAUGGGCUACCUGCUGGUGAAGCACAGCCAGUCUGAUCAAGAGCCAAUGUGCCCAGUUGGCAUGAACAAACUCUGGAGUGGAUACAGCCUACUGUACUUUGAAGGACAAGAGAAAGCACACAACCAAGAUCUAGGGCUGGCUGGCUCAUGUUUGGCUCGGUUUAGCACUAUGCCAUUCCUCUACUGUAACCCUGGGGACAUUUGUUAUUAUGCAAGUCGAAAUGAUAAAUCCUACUGGCUCUCAACAACGGCUCCUCUUCCAAUGAUGCCUGUUGCAGAAGAAGAGAUUAGGCCAUAUAUCAGUCGCUGCUCAGUUUGUGAGGCCCCAGCUGUGGCAAUUGCUGUCCAUAGCCAAGAAGCUUCUAUUCCUCACUGCCCUGAAGGCUGGCGCAGUUUGUGGAUCGGCUAUUCCUUCCUUAUGCACACAGCUGCUGGUGAUGAAGGUGGAGGACAGUCGCUGGUUUCUCCUGGGAGCUGCCUGGAAGAUUUCAGAGCGACUCCUUUCAUCGAAUGCAACGGUGCACGUGGAACCUGUCACUACUUUGCAAAUAAAUACAGCUUCUGGCUCACUACGAUCGACCAGCCCUUCCAAAGCAAGCCCUCCGCAGAUACACUCAAGGCAGGACUCAUCCGAAGCCAUAUCAGCAGAUGUCAAGUCUGUAUGAAAAAUUUAUAGAAGUCUUUCACAGUAUAAGGAAUCUGCUGAUCGUGUGGGUCUUAUGCAGUGGAACCUUCUAUGAUGAUUAGACAUUUGAAUAAAUCAUGUUGGUGCUUUUUUAA